AUGUCUGACUUUGGCGACGAUGAUGUCGGUGUCGGCGGCGACGAGCCGAUGCUCGAGGAUGAGGACGUGAACGAGUACUACGACCCCGAGGUCGUCGAGGACGAGGAUGCCGAGCGCACGGCCGAGGCCGACGAGCAGGACAACGUCAUCAUCUCGGGCGACCCGUCCGCGGCGGCCAACGCCCUCAAAGGCGGCGAGAAGAGCCUCAAGGACAAGAAGAUUCCCGAAAGCGAGCGCACGACCACGCCGUACAUGACCAAGUACGAGCGGGCGCGCAUCCUGGGCACGCGCGCGCUGCAAAUCAGCAUGAAUGCGCCGGUGCUGGUGGACCUGGAGGGCGAGACGGACCCUCUUCAGAUUGCCAUCAAGGAGCUUCGAGAGAAGAAGAUUCCUUUGAUUGUGCGAAGAUACAUGCCGGAUGGCUACUACGAGGACUGGACGUGCGAGGAGUUGCUUCAAUGA